AUGGAGAGUCAAACCACCCUAGUUACCCUCUCUAUAGUCUACGCGAAGUGCUCUAAGAUCCUCAGAAGGAAACUCUGGGAGGACUUAGUGACUAUCAGCAGAAAUGGAACGGGACUGUGGGUAGUGGGAGGAGAUUUUAACGCUGUAGCUGCUGCCGAGGAAAGGAGAGGUAACGGAUCAGCAGACAUGGACAGUAUGGCGAAUUUUGCGGAAGCCAUCCAACAGGCGAACCUUCUGGAUACGGGGUUUACAAGUAAUAACUUCACUUGGAGUAAUAACAGGGCUGUAAAUGCUAGAGUCAAAGCAGCAGAAGUUGAUCUGGAACUUUCCGAAGCUCGACUGCAAUCCUCCGUGGAGGAGUCGAUUUUGCAAGAAAGUCUUGCUAUCAGGCGUAAGUUGGACAACCUGCAGUUAAUGGAAGAGGUCUACUGGAAGCAGAAAGCACGGAAUUCCUGGUUGGAGGAAGGGGACCGGAAUACAAAGUUCUUCCAAAUAGUAGCUUCGGAGAGGAGUAGGAGAGCAGUGAUAUCCUCAAUUAAAGAUGGGGAAGGAAACGUUAUUACGGAUUGGAAUCGAAUCAAAUCAGCCGCAGUAGAGUUUUUCGAGAAUUUGUUCAAGGAAGUUCCUCUCUCUUCGGCAGAGGAAUUUAUGGUUGGGAUUCCUUCUAUCCUAUCGGCGCAGGACAACGAAGACCUUCUCACCCCUCGAUCGAUGGAGGAAGUUUGGGAAGCAAUAAAAGAAAUCCCCAAAGAUGGGGCGCCUGGCCCGAAUGGUUUCUCCUCAGCUUUCUUCACUUCUUCAUGGCCAAUUGUGCGACAGGAUCUUCAUAAAGCAGCAUGUGCGUUCCUGGAGGGGAGCUCCAUGCCGAGAGCAUUUUCCUCCACAUUGAUCUGUUUGAUUCCUAAGAACCCGGUGGCAUCGUCUCCUAAAGACUAUAGGCCAAUUAGUCUUUGUAAUGUGGUCUACAAAAUCCUUUCCAAGAUCCUUUCUACGAGGCUGGGCAAAGUUCUCCCUAAAAUUAUUUCAGAGGAGCAGGGGGCUUUUGUGAAAGGGAGAUCGAUCACAAAAAAUAUUGCAAUGGCCCAGGAAGCGUUAAGGAAUAUUGUCAGGAAAGUUCGAGGAGGCAACAUCAUCCUAAAGUUGGACCUUGAGAAGGCAAACGACAGAGUCAACUGGAAUGUUCUCAAACAGAUUAUGAAGAGAUUCGGCCCGACCUAUUCUCACCUUCUCUUUGCUGACGAUACUCUGUUGUUCGUCAAUGGAAGCCAACACUCCCUCAGGACUGUUAACAGGUUCCUUACAGACUACCAGGAAACUACAGGUCAGUGUAUCAAUAAAGAGAAAUGCAGGUUCUUUUGCCCCCCAGCAUGGUCGGCAGCUAGAAUUAAAAGUGGCGAGCGCCUGCUGGGUUUUGUCAGGGCCUCGACCGAGGCCACUUAUCUAGGUGCUACCCUCAUAGUAGGGAGGUUUGGGACCCAACAGCUCCAGUGCCUAUUAGGAAAGGUGUCCAACAGAAUUUCUAGGUGGAAUUCUCGCCAUCUGUCCGAGGCAGGUCGUCUGACACUGAUCAAGAGUGUUUUAGGGAGCACGCCGCUGCACAUCAUGGUGGCUAUGAAAAUCCCGAAGUGGACCCUCAUAGCGCUCGAGAGAAAAUUUGCUCAAUUUCUUUGGGGAUGGACAGAAGGGAAUAAGAGGCUCAACUGGAUAGCGUGGAAGAAUGUGGCGUGGCCGAUUGAUGAAGGGGGGCUAGGUAUUCAUAGACUGAAGGAUGUGCUGCUGGCCCUGCAUUUGAAACUAGCUUGGAAGUUAAAGUACAGCGACAAUCAGGGCCCCUGGGUGAAACUCAUGAGAGCAUCUUUCGGGGCGGAUUUGCAUGAAGAAGAAGGUUGCAAUGCCAUCAGCAAAAGGCCUCCUUUUUGA